AUGGAUUCCAAACCAACCGGUUUAGCUGUUGCUAUCUUCCUGCUCCUCUCCAUCCAAAUCCUUUGCCCGGCUGGUGUAGCAGGGGACAUAACCGGAGUAUGUUACGGCCGAAACGGCAACAACCUCCCGACGCCGUCAGAUACGGUAGCUUUAUACAAGACCAACAACAUUGACGCAAUCCGUAUGUACGAGCCAUUCGCCGACAUGCUUGAAGCCCUCCGUGGCUCAGGUCUCUCGGUCAUGUUUGGUCCACGAAACGAAGAAAUCCAAUCCCUAGCACAAGACCCAGCAGCCGCAACCAACUUUGUCUCCACCUCGAUCAUACCUUACAUAAACGACGUCUCCAUCAAAUGGAUCACGAUCGGCAACGAAGUCUUCCCAUCAGACAUCGCUCCAUUCGUACCCGCCGCUAUCAGAAACGUAAACGCCGCGCUUACGAGUUCCGGCAUCACGGGAAUCUCCGUCACGACGGUUUUAGCGAUGACCGCUUUGGCCAAUACAUAUCCACCUUCAGCCGCAACGUUCCUCCCUGACCUAACCGAGAUCAUGACUGAGAUCUCAUCGAUACUCUCUCAGACGAACUCGCCGCUCAUGGCCAACGUGUACCCUUACUUCGCAUACGCGUCGAAUACAAACGAUAUAUCGCUAGACUACGCUAGUUUCAAGUCCCAAACACCUAUAGUGAUCGACGGUGAUANAUUUCAUUUCUCUUACAUUUACUCGGUUUAA